UCCUGAAAUACAUCCGAUUGAAGCCAGGGACGAUAUAACUUGUAAAAAAUAAAUAAACAAAUUACAACACCAUGGCGGAUAUUGAUCCCGUUAUCAUCGGGAAGAUCAACUACUACUGUAGGGAGGGGUAUUUUUGUCAUAUGGAAAAUGCUGCAACUGAAGGACUUCAAAAAUACAGCAAUGAUGUUGUUCUUAAAUUCUUCAGGGCCUACUCCUAUAUCCUACAGGGUCGUACGCAGGAAGGCAUGAGAGAGCUUGACCUUCUGAAAGACAAACGUGAUGUCAAUCUAUGUUCUGUCAUGGCACUAAUGCUGGGUCACAAACAAAGUCAGAAUGUUGAUAGAGAAGCACUGCAAGAUCUUGAUGCAAAAUUGAAAGAGGAAAGAAAACAGGCUGGAGAAUUGGGGUUGUACUAUGCUGCCUGGUUUCUGUUCCACAGUAGAAAGUUUGACAAGGCCCGAGAGUACAUUGAUAGAAUGCUUAAAAUGAAUACAACAAAGGAUGGUUUAGUGAUGAAGGGCUGGGUGGAACUCAACAGUGGAAGAGACCCCAAAAAGGCCAUUAAAUACUUCGAUGAUGCCAUUGCUAAUGAGGGAGCCAGAGACAUUGAUGCCCUGUUUGGGAAGGCUAAAUAUUUUGAGGUGCGCCAUAAUUACACUGGAGCACUGGAGCUGGUGAACCAGGUCAUCGUGGGGUACCCUGCCUUCAUUCCUGCUCUUGUGGAGAAGAUGAAGCUCCAGCUGGCUCUUCAGGACUGGGACCAAACUGUGGAGACAGCACAGAGAGCCCUCGGCCAGGACAUGCACUGUCUGGAGGCUCUGCGGUACCAGACCCUGUACCUGUUGUGUAGGGAAGGAAAUUAUUCUGAGGCUUCAACCAAACUCGGUGACAUAAUAACAACUUUAGACAGAACUGAGCCAAGGAGUGCUAGUCUCUAUCACAGUAUGGCACAGUCGUUCUGUAGGAUAUGUGGGAGGAACCAGCUGGUGUUACAACAGACUUACACGUUAAUGGAGCGAUGUGUCCAACAGAGCCCUGACACUGCUGAUUAUGUCAACGAGCUUGGCUUCCAACUACUGCUUCAGGGCAAGGUCAAGGAUGCCAUGAGAUGUUAUAGGAAUGCCAUGAAAAUGGACGAAACUAGUGUGGCUGCCCUCACAGGGAUCAUCCGAUGCCAGCUCCUAGAAGAUCAGUUGGAUGAGGCAGCUCAACAGCUGGAGUUUCUCAACGAGAUACAGCAGAGCAUCGGCAAGUCAGCCGAGCUGUCCUACCUGAGUGGGCUGCUAGCAAUCAAGCGUCGUCAGGGGCCAGAGAAAGCCAUUGAGCUGCUCAACUCUGCCAUAGAAGUCCACUUCCAGGGAUUGAAGGGGUUCCCUCUAGGCAACCGUUAUUACCUGCUGUUGAAUCCUGACUUCCUGCUACAGAUCAUCAAAGAUUACCUCCAGUUUGCUCCUCAAACGCCCCCACAGAACGGUCAGGCAGUGAGCCCCGUCCUGAAGCGCUGUAACCAGGUGUUAGAUCCACUGGCCAGGGCUGUGCCAGGACUACUGGAGGCUCUCUACUACCUUGGAAGGAUCAAGUUUCUCCAGGGUGAUAUUGAUGGGGCCCAAGGUACACUGAACCAUUGUUUAGAAGUAGACACCACCUUCUCUGACGCCCACAUACUGAUGGCACAGAUCCACCUACACCAAAGCAACUUUAAGUUAGCUAACCAAUCACUUGAAGUGGGACUGAGUUACAACUUUGAGGUUCGAGAUUCUCCUCUGUACCACCUCAUUAAGGCGCGCAUUCUCAAGAAACAAGGGGACCAUGCUGAGGCCGUCAAGACACUUCAGAUGGCCAUGACAUUACCAGGGGUCAAAACCAUUGGUAGAGGAAAUGAUCCAAAGAAGGGUAAAGGUGUAUCAAUCAGUGUCAAUGACAGAGUGUCGGUGUUUCUAGAGCUGGCAGAGGCACACAGACUGCUGGGAGAACAGCAUGAGGCUGCCAAAGUCAUGCAGGACGCUAUCAAUGAGUUCAAUAACACGCCAGAGGAGGUGCGGAUAACCAUUGCCAAUGCUGACCUCUCUUUGGCUCGUGGUGACGUAGAGAUGGCACUGGGCAUGCUUAGGAAUGUGACUUCUGAUCAACCCUAUUAUGUCCAGGCUCGUGAGAAGAUGGCUGACAUCUACUUGGUUCACAGGAAGGACAAGCGUCUGUAUGCUAGCUGUUACAGAGAGCUGGUAGACAAGCACCCAAGUCCUCAAACCUGCCUGUUGCUAGGUGAUGCCUACAUGAGUAUUCAGGAGCCGGAAAAGGCCAUUGACGUGUACGAGUCUGCUCUGAAGAAAAAUCCACGUGAUGCACAGUUAGCCAGUAAGAUAGGAGAGGCACUUGUCAAGACCCACAACUACGGAAAGGCUAUUAACUAUUAUGAGGCUGCCCUGAAGAGUGGAGGACAGGCCUUCCUCAGGCAUGAUCUGGCCGAGCUGUUACUGAAGCUGAGGCAGUAUGACAAGGCAGAGAAAGUCCUCACGACAGCUUUACAGCAGGACACAGGUGGUGACAUUGACCUGAUGAUGGAACACACUAAGUACAUGGUGUUACUGGCCAGGGUGUAUCAGAAGGUGGACAGACUGGAGGAGGCCAUGGAUUCACUGACCAAGGCGCGCGACAUGCAGGCAAGGGUUUUGAAGAGAGCACAAGUGGAACAGCCAGACAUGGUACAGGCACAGAAACAGCUGGCAUCAGAUAUCUGUGUACAGAUGGCCGAGCAGACAACACAACAGCGAGACUACGACAAAGCCAUCAAGUUCUACAAGGAGGCUCUUGUCUAUAACGACAAUGACAGCAAGGUGAUGUUAGAUGUGGCUGGACUGUAUCUGACCACAGAGGACCUGGACUCGUGCCAGCAUCAGCUCAUGACGCUCCUUAAAAACGAGAAAGAAAAUGACGCAGCAACCAUUAUGCUGGCUGACCUGAUGUUUAGGAAGAACGAGUAUGACUCUGCCAUGUAUCACUUCCAGCAGCUGUUGACAAUUAAACCAGACCACUAUGAAGCGCUCUCCAGACAGAUCGACCUGAUGAGAAGAAAUGGUAAAUUAGAUGAGGUACCGAAAUUUUUGGAGCAGGCUGAGAAUGCAUCGCCAAGAGCAACCCUUGAUGCUGGAUAUAACUACUGUAAAGGACUGUAUGAAUGGUAUACAGGAAAUCCCACUGCAGCCCUCAAAUACUUCAACAAGUCGAGGAAGGACUCAGAUUGGGGAAACCUUUCCAUGUACAACAUGAUAGAGAUCUGCUUGAAUCCAGACAAUGAUACGGUCGGUGGGGAGGUGUUCGAGACCGUGGAAGGCGAUUCUGCAGGGGCUAAUGACAAAGCUGAUAGUGAACAGAUGGCAGUGCGUACCGCAGAGAAACUUCUCAAGGAGCUGAAACCUAAGCCAGGAGACAUCCGCCCCAAACUGCUGGAGAACAUGACACUGAUCGCCACUAAACAGAAGGCUAAUGUAGAGAAGGCCCUAAAUGCCUUCCUGGAGAUCUCCACUAAUGAGCGAGACCAUGUUGGUGCCCUAUAUGGCAUGGCAGCAGCCUACAUGGUACUGAAACAGACUCCCCGGGCCAGGAACCAGCUCAAACGCAUUACAAAGAAUAACUGGACAAUGCAGGAUGCAGAAGAUCUUGAGAAGAGCUGGCUGUUACUUGCUGAUAUUUAUAUACAGUCUGCAAAGUAUGACAUGGCUACAGACUUGCUGAAGAGGUGUAUAACACACAACAAGUCCUGCUGUAAGGCACACGAGUAUAUGGGCUACAUCAUGGAAAAGGAACAGUCCUACAAAGAUGCAUCUUCUAAUUAUGAGUCGGCUUGGAAAUAUGGCAACAAAAACAACCCUGUCAUCGGUUUUAAGCUUGCCUUUAACUACAUGAAGGCCAAAAGAUUUGUGGAUGCUGUUGACAUUUGUCAUUAUGUUUUAGAGGGACAUCCAAACUACCCAAAGAUCAGAAAAGAAAUCCUAGAGAAGGCCCGAGCCAGUUUACGAGUGUGACACUACUUACAGUGUAG